AUGCAUGUAAUUAAUGAUGGUCCUAGUAAAUCGUAUAAAGCGCCAACACCAUCGUCUUCAAAUGGAAUUAGUAAGCUUGAUGACGCUGAAAUACAAAAUCUCUCUCGAUUUGUUACCUACUCGGCAGCUUCCUAUUGUCAAAACUCAUUUGAUUGGACAUGCGGACAAUAUUGUGAUGGCAUUCCUAAAACAGAAGUUAUAAAGACUUUUACAACUAAACCUGACGAAUGGGUAGAAAUUUUUGGAGGGAACGCUACAGCUUAUGCGAUACUUACCGCUAACCAUCAAUAUCAAGAGAUCGUCUUAACCUUUCGAGGAACCGAUAAUGUUGGUAAUACUGUCGAAGAUUUUAAAGUGGUUCAGAUACCAUAUGGAUUUGAUUCUACUACUCUCCCCACUGAGUCACAAGUAGGAGCUCUUGUCCAUUUAGGAUUUUACAAAACUUUCCUUAGCUUUCAACAACAAAUUCGAGAUGAAAUAUCCAUGACAUAUAAUAAAUACCCUGAUUAUAAAUAUGUUGUUACUGGUCACAGUUUAGGAGGAGCGUUGGCAUUGCUUGCCGCUCUCGACAUCAAACAAUUCAUUGGAUGCAAAAUAUGUCUAUACACCUACGGUGAACCUCGGUGUGGGAAUUCUAUUUUUGCUUCAUUUGCGGAUGAAACUUUGGAUAUCGUUUAUAGAGUUGUUAAUCAAGCCGAUAAAGUGCCUCAUUUGAUCCCGAAGGUUAAUUAUCAACACCAUAAAGGUGAAGUCUGGAUUGCUAAUACUACUGAUAACGAAGCGGUCAAAUGUUCAGGCGAUGAGAACAAACUCUGUUCUGAUUCUGUUAAAUCUGCCGAUUGGAAUUCUGUAGAUCACGAUGGUCCAUAUUGGGGUGUUCUUAUAAAUAAAGAUUUAUGUCAAUAA